ACUUUGUUAUGAUUAUCUAGUCAUCAUCAUGGCUGCUCCAGCUCCAUCUUUGUCCAUGUCUAUGAGAAUGACUGUGUACGGGAUUAGUAAGAAGUUCCCCACUAUCAGAAAUAUCACAUGUGAGCAACUAAACAACUGGAUUGAAGAUGAGAGCAAGAAAUUAGUUUGUUUGGACACUCGUCCCAUGGAGGAGUAUGACGUGAGCCACAUAUCAGGAGCGAUUCAGGUUGAUCCAGAGAGUGAGCAGUCACUGGAGGAUCUGGGCAUCACAGGCGACAGUACUGGUGAGAGGUACUUUACAGACCAGGAGCUGGUGUGCUACUGCUCUGUGGGUUACCGCUCGUCCAAUGUGGCCAAGACCCUGUUCAGCAAGCACAAACAGAGCACUGGCUCAUCAGAUGAGACAUUAGACGUGUACAAUCUGGAGGGAGGACUGUUCCAGUGGGCCAACGAGAGACGAGGGAUUGUGAACAAUAGCGGAGACAAAGUGGCUACUGUGCACCCCUAUAGCUUAUUCUGGGGCAAACUGUUGAAUUAUGAUCUAAGACAUGAAUAGUCGUAAAACUUGUUUUUCGUUUUCAUGAUCAGCCUUUUUUUUUUAUUAUUAUGCUGCA